AUGUCCAUGGCCGCCACCGCCAACUGGCUCUUCAACUUUGCCCUCGGCCUCUUCACCCCGCCCGCCUUCCGCAACAUCAAGUACAAGACCUUUGUCAUCUUUGGCGUCCUGUGCAUCGGCGCCGCCGCCCAGGCCUUCCUCAGCUACCCCGAGACGUGCGGCAAGACCAUCGAAGAGGUCGAGGAGCUCUUUGGCGAGGAUGGCCCCAAGCCCUGGAAGACGAAGAAGGGCGAGUCCAGGCUCGACGCCGAGAUCCAGGCCGUCAUCGAGAAAAAGAAUGCCACCGAACACGACAAGGCCCCCGAAGUUGAGAACAAGGAGGUUGCUUGA